AUGGAAGUUAGCAAGUUAUGCUGCUCGGGCAUCCAGGAGUUGAGAUGGAGGAGUACCCGCUACGACCGGAUGCUUUCGAUCAAUGUAUUGGCGAAGACCACGUCAAAGCUGCCGAGGUGGAGGCUGCUAUGGCGGAAGUUGAUGAGGGAGAAGAAGAAGAUCUAUAUUUGUUCAUCCAGGAGUACUACUGGGGUGCUUAAUGUUUCUUAUGAUCCUCAUACAUAUGCACAGAAUUUUGAUCAGGGUUUGAUCUCAGCUGAUCCUGAUGACUUCUCCAGGUCUUUUUCAGCUCGGUUUGCUGUUCCCUCAAGGGUUUUUGACAACACCGGAUUCAUAGGUUGA